GAUACCCGGCACAGGAGCCACCUCCCAGAGCCCCGCAGUCCAUGCCUCAGUCCGCCUGCGCUCCUCAGCCUGGCGGUUCUGCCUCCGAGGGUUCGCCCGCCCUUGGUUUUCCUUACACCUUCGCCUUUGGCUCCUUUGACCCCUCGAAGCCCCACAGCGUGUUCCAGCGGACUUCACCAGCAGACCCAGAAGUGGUGGGUGAAACACUGCCUCUGCUCCUCCUUGAGCCUGUCGGGAGCUGCUGCCUGCCACCAUCAUGUCUUCUGCAAAUCCUGAGACUCCAAACUCAACCAUCUCCAGAGAGGCCAGCACCCAGUCUUCAUCAGCUGCAGCUAGCCAAGGCUGGGUGUUACCAGAAGGCAAAAUCGUGCCCAACACUGUUUUUGUUGGUGGAAUUGAUGAUAGGAUGGAUGCAACUGAGAUUAGAAGCUUCUUUGGUAGAUACGGUUCAGUGAAAGAAGUGAAGAUAAUCACCAAUCAAACUGGUGUGUCCAAAGGCUAUGGAUUUGUUUCGUUUGUUAAUGACGUGGAUGUCCAGAAGAUAGUAGAAUCACAGAUACAUUUCCAUGGUAAAAAGCUGAAGCUGGGCCCUGCAAUCAGGAAACAAAAGUUAUGUGCUUGUCGUGUGCAGCCAGGUCCUUUGGUGUCUAAUCCGCCUCCUCCGCCACAGUGUCAGAACAUCUGGAGGAAUCCAAACACUGAAACCUACCUGCAGCCCCUAAUCACGCUGAAUCCUGUAACUCAGUAUGUUCAGUCUUCUGCAAAUCCUGAGACUCCAAACUCAACCAUCUCCAGAGAGGCCAGCACCCAGUCUUCAUCAGCUGCAGCUAGCCAAGGCUGGGUGUUACCAGAAGGCAAAAUCGUGCCCAACACUGUUUUUGUUGGUGGAAUUGAUGAUAGGACGGAUGCAACUGAGAUUAGAAGCUUCUUUGGUAGAUACGGUUCAGUGAAAGAAGUGAAGAUAAUCACCAAUCGAACUGGUGUGUCCAAAGGCUGUGGAUUUGUUUCGUUUGUUAAUGACGUGGAUGUCCAGAAGAUAGUAGAAUCACAGAUACAUUUCCAUGGUAAAAAGCUGAAGCUGGGCCCUGCAAUCAGGAAACAAAAGUUAUGUGCUUGUCGUGUGCAGCCAGGUCCUUUGGUGUCUAAUCCGCCUCCUCCGCCACAGUUUCAGAACAUCUGGCAGAAUCCAAACACUGAAACCUGCCUGCAGCCCCUAAUCACGCUGAAUCCUAUAACUCAGCACGUUCAGGCUUAUUCUGCUUAUCCACAUUCACCAGGUCAGGUCAUCACUGGAUAUCAGUUGCUUGUAUAUAAUUAUCAGGCAUAUCCUACUUAUCCAAAUUCACCAUUUCAGGUCACCACUGGAUAUCAGUUGCCUGUAUAUAAUUAUCAGGCAUUUCCUGCUUAUCCAAAUUCACCAUUUCAGGUCGCCACUGGAUAUCAGUUGCCUGUAUAUAAUGAUCAGGCAUUUCCUGCUUAUCCAAAUUCACCAUUUCAGGUCACCACUGGAUAUCAGUUGCCUGUAUAUAAUUAUCAGGCAUUUCCUGGUUAUCCAAAUUCACCAUUUCACGUCACCACUGGAUAUCAGUUCCCUGUGUAUAAUUAUCAGGCCUUUCCUGCUUAUCCAAAUUCACCAUUUCAGGUCACCUCUGGAUAUCAGUUGCCUGUAUAUAAUUAUCAGGCAUUUCCUGCUUAUCCAAAUUCACCAUUUCAGGUCACCACUGGAUAUCAGUUGCCUGUAUAUAAUUAUCAGGCAUUUCCUGCUUAUCCAGAUUCACCAUUUCAGGUCACCACUGGAUAUCAGUUGCCUGUAUGCAAUUAUCAGGCAUUUCCUGCUUGUCCAAAUUCACCAGUUCAGGUCACCACUGGAUAUCAGUUGGCUGUAUACAAUUAUCAGGCAUUUCCUGCUUAUCCAGAUUCACCAUUUCAGGUCACCACUGGAUAUCAGUUGCCUGUAUAUAAUUACCAGGCAUUUCCUGCUUGUCCAAAUUCACCAGUUCAGGUCACCACUGGAUAUCAGUUGGCUGUAUACAAUUAUCAGGCAUUUCCUGCUUAUCCAAAUUCAGCGGUUCAGGUCACCACUGGAUAUCAGUUCCAUGUAUACAAUUACCAGAUGCCACCGCAGUGGCCUGUUGGGGAGCAAAGCAGAAAUCUGUGGACCGAAGCAUACAAAUGGUGGUAUCUUGUCUGUUUAAUCCAGAGAAGAGACUGAUAAAUUCCGCUGUUACUCAAGAUGACUGCUUCAAGGGUAAAAGAGUGCAUCGCUUUAGAAGAAGUUUGGCAGUAUUUAAAUCUGUUGGAUCCUCUCAGCUAUCUAGUUUCAUGGGAAGUUGCUGGUUUUGAAUAUUAAGCUAAAAGUUUUCCACUAUUACAGAAAGUCUGAAUUUUGGUAAAUCACACUGAAACUUUCUGUGUAACUUGUAUUAUUAGACUCUCUAGUUUUAUCUUAACACUGAAACUGUUCUUCAUUAGAUGUUUAUUUAGAACCUGGUUCUGUGUUUAAUAUAUAGUUUAAAGUAACAAAUAAUCGAGACUGAAAGAACGUUAAGAUUUAUCUGCAAGGAUUUUUAAAAAAUUGAAAUUUGCAUUUUAAGUGUUUAAAAGCAAAUACUGAUUUUCAAAAAAAGUUUUUAAAACCUGAUUUGAAAGCUAAGAAUUUUGAUAGUCUGAACACAAGCAUUUCACUUCUCCAAGAAGUACCUGUGAACAGUACAAUAUUUCAGUAUUGAGCUUUGCAUUUAUGAUUUAUCUAGAAAUUUACCUCAGAAGCAGAAUUUUUAAAACUGCAUUUUUAAUCAGUGGAACUCAAUGUAUAGUUAGCUUUGUUGAAGUCUUAUCCAAACCCAGUAAAACAGAUUCUAAGCAAACAGUCCAAUCAGUGAGUCAUAAUGUUUAUUCAAAGUAUUUUAUCUUUUAUCUAGAAUCCACAUAUGUAUGUCCAAUUUGAUUGGGAUAGUAGUUAGGAUAACUAAAAUUCUGGGCCUAAUUUUUUAAAGAAUCGAAGACAAACUAAACCUUACUAGGUAUAUAACCUUCUCAAUGAGUUACCAUUCUUCUUUUUUAUUAAAAAAAUUGUUCCUUGAAAUGCUAAAUUUAAUGGCUGUAUGUGAAAUUUGCAAAAUACUGGUAAUAAAGAACGCUGCAGCUUUUUUAUGUCACUCAAAGGUUAAUCAGAGUAUCUGAAAGGAAUUGUUUUUAUAAAAACAUUGAAGUAUUAGUUACUUGCUAUAAAUAGAUUUUUAUUUUUGUUUUUUAGCCUGUUAUAUUUCCUUUUGUAAAAUAAAAUAUGUCCAGAAGAGGCAAAAUAGGUAGUUUUGAUAUUUCUAAACCACGAAAGUUGUUUAGUAAGUAUAUCUUUAGAAUCUGCUAGAGUUAAAGUUAGCGUUGUUUCUAGAUUAGGUAGUGUCCUCAUUUUAUAUUGUGACCACACAGCUAGAGCACCAGAGCCCUUUUGCUAUACCCACAGUCUUGUUUUCCCAGCCUCUUUUACUAGUCUUUCAGGAGGUUUGCUCUUAGAACUGGUGAUGUAAAGAAUGGAAGUAGCUGUAUGAGCAGUUCAAGGGCCAAGCCGUGGAAUGGUAGCAAUGGGAUAUAAUACCUUUCUAAGGGAAACAUUUGUAUCAGUAUCAUUUGAUCUGCCAUGGACAUGUGUUUAAAGUGGCUUUCUGGCCCUUCUUUCAAUGGCUUCUUCCCUAAAACGUGGAGACUCUAAGUUAAUGUCGUUACUAUGGGCCAUAUUACUAAUGCCCACUGGGGUCUAUGAUUUCUCAAAAUUUUCAUUCUGAAUCCGAAGGAUAGAGUCUUUAAACUUUAGAAUUCCCAAGAAGGCUUUAUUACACCUCAGAAAUUGAAAGCACCAUGAAUUUGUCCAUUAAAAAAUUAUCCAUAGUUUUUUUAGUGCUUUUAACAUUCCAACAUACAUCAUUCUGUGAUUAAAUCUCCAGAUUUCUAUAAAUGAUACCUAUAUUCUAAAGAGUUAAUUCUAAUUAUUCCGAUAUGACCUUAAGGAAAAGUAAGGGAAUAAAUUUUUGUCUUUGUUGGAGUGAAGUGUUUAAUAGAGUAAGGUAAAGAAGAUAUUAAGUCGUAAACCUUUCAAAAUGGAAAAUUAAUUCUAAACUGAGAAAAAUGUUCCUACUACCUAUUGCUGAUACUGUCUUUGCAUAAAUGAAUAAAAAUAAACUUUUUUUUCUUCAAA